AUGGCUACUCCGGAAACGUUUUCGUUUGGCCAAAUUGCAUAUCAGGUUUUCGAAUCUGUUAUGCAAGUGGUUAUAAUAUCAUUUGCAGGGUUUUGGAGUGCCCGUUCAGGUUUGCUCCCAAAGAAGGCCCAGAAGGCUAUAUCAGCGCUCAAUGUGGACUUGUUCACACCGGCACUGAUCUUCAGUAAGCUGGCUAGGUCAUUAUCCAUGGCCAAGAUUCUGGAGAUCGCUAUAAUACCGCUAUUCUUCGGUCUCACUACCUUCAUAUCCUUCUUUUCAGGAAGACUUAUAUCCCGAGUGCUGAAGCUGGACAGAGAUGAGACUAAUUUUGUGGUGGCUAAUUCCAUAUUUGGGAACAGUAACUCUCUGCCGGUUUCCUUAACUUUAUCAUUGGCAUACACUUUGCCCAACUUGGUUUGGGACCAGAUACCCAACGAUAACAGAGAUAACGUUGCCUCCAGAGGUAUCUUAUAUUUGCUGAUAUUCCAGCAAUUUGGACAGAUGCUAAGAUGGAGUUGGGGUUAUAAUAAGCUGAUGAGAUGGUCUGGUGAAAACACUCAGCAUAUGCCACCUUCUCAAGUACAGGCUCAUUUGGAAAGCAGAUCAUCUUUGGCAACAUCCGCACUGGCUCAGACAGGUGCUUCAUCGGAAGCAACCAGUAUGAACUAUGUCCCUAGUACAUUCAGCCAAAAGAUUGUGGAUAAUUCCCGUGGUAUAGUGAACAAGAUAUUGUCCUAUUUAAACCCACCUUUAUGGUCAAUGAUAGCCUCAGUUAUUGUUGCUGCUAUUCCACCUUUACAACAUGAACUAUUCCAAGACGAUGGUUUCAUCAACAACACAUUGGCAGAGGCAGUGACUCAGCUUGGGUCGGUCUCCAUUCCUCUGAUCUUGAUUGUUCUUGGUUCAAACCUUUACCCUUCGGAAGAGACCUUUAGAAGAACUCAUAAUUACAAGAAACUGAUUGUAGGGUCAAUCAUCGGUAGAAUGAUACUCCCAUCGAUGUUUUUGCUUCCAAUUAUUGCUGCUGCAGUUAAAUAUAUUAACGUCAGCAUUUUAGAUGAUCCCAUCUUUUUGGUUGUUGGUUUCUUACUAACUGUGUCACCACCGGCUAUUCAGUUGACCCAAAUCACCCAACUAAAUGAGUUCUUUGAAGCCGAAAUGGCCGAUAUUUUAUUCUGGGGAUACGUUGUAUUAAGUUUGCCUGUUAGUAUUAUUGUUGUUUCAGCAGCUAUUUACGUUCUACAAUGGGCACAACCUGUCUAA